UGACAGAAGAUGACGGAUACAGUUGUCGCGGAGGGACAAGUCAAGUUCAGAGAUGGAAAAAAGUGGAAGAGUCGGUGGGUCGUGCUUCGGAAGCCCUCUCCGGUUGCAGACUGUCUGUCUCUGCUGGUGUAUAAGGAGAAGAAGGGGAAGGAGAAAGGCCGCAAGGAGAGGCUCAAUGUAACACUGGAGGGGAUCUGUGGUGUGGAGCCAGCGUCAGGAUACGAUGGCGUGUCCUACACUCUCACCAUCCUGUGCUCGGCACACACACUGGUGCUUGGCUUCAGCAGUCAUGAGGCCCUGCUGGCCUGGGAUGCCCGUGUCCGCUACAGCCUGGGAGAAGUCCAUCGGUUCAGUGUCAACGUAGAACCGGGUACCAAAGUGGAAAGUGGCCCCGCCUCCCUCCACCUGUGCAACAACGUGUUGAUCCUCACCAGAGGCCUCCCUCCCGUCGUCGUUGGCCACUGGAAGUUGUCGGCGUUGCGUCGAUAUGGUGCUGUUCCAAAUGGCUUCGUGUUCGAGGGAGGGACUCGCUGUGGAUACUGGGCUGGUGUUUUCAUGUUGUCCUGUUCAGAGGGAGAGCACAUCAGUUUCCUGUUUGACUGCAUUGUCAGAGGUGUGGCCCCCAGCAGGACCCCACAUGGCGUGCAACCUUCUCUGCCAGAUCUCAGUGCAGACCCAGCUUCAGCAGAGGAACGACUCAACCAGGAGGCAUCAGCGCUGGAGAAAAGACUCAGCAUGUUGUCUCAGUGCAGCCUUGCGAGCAGCACAGGCUCAACUUACAGCUGCACCACAUCUGCUGCCGGGGACGACCGCAGCAGCAUCUCCAGCUCCUCCUCCAGCCAAUCUGACACAAGCUAUGGAAAAAGACUUCCAUUUUGGGCCGAACCAUUAGCUAGACUGCACCUGUCCAGCGAGACAGUGUCCAGCUCCUCCACACUGAAGGCUUUGAACACUUCAGAUGAUCGACUUUACGGUGCCAUGAUGGCAGGAGGUGGGACUCGUCCGUCCUCGGCUCAGCUCCAGUCUCGUGGUCUCCAUGACAGCGGGCGGCAGAGCUCAUUAGACUCUGGGAUUGGCAUAGCGACGGGCAGUCAGUCAUCUUACUCAGGAAGCUGCUCCUCAUGUACAGGGAGCCUGGAUGCAGCCAGUCAGGGAGGAGGGGAGGAGUUUGACUCUGCAACAACCUGCCCACCUGCUCCUCGUCCUACUUCACCUCCAUCCUCACCACUUCCUCCUCCUGCAUCUCCUUUUCAGUCCACACUCACCCCAGAACCCAGUUACGCUAACCCCUGCACCUCGUCUCGCUGUAAUGGCUCCAGAUCGAGCUCACGUGCAUCUGUUAGGCACAGUGAGGAUUACCAGAUCCCAAACCUGCUCAGAGCGCGCUAUGAUACGCCCAGGAGUCUCCUCCAGACCCUGUCCCUGAGAGAAAACUCAGCCCAGGGAGCCACACCUGAGCCGAGGAAGGACAGCAGGAGCUGUGGAGAUGGAGGUGGUGGUCAGGGUUUGAGCAGCAGCAGCAGCAGCAAGGCAGGACUGAGGGCUCAGCCUCAGGCCGUGUCGCAGCAACCACAGUCCAGAGCCAGCGAGAGAGCGCCCUCUGUGGACAGCGAAGGAAGGUCUACACCCAGAUCCCUGUCAGCACGUGGAGGCCUGGUUUGUGAGGAAGCACAGAGCAAUCAUGAUUCAGACAACUACAUCACACCCGAGCAGUGGCGCUCGGUGAGGAAUCGAUGCUUGACACAGGUCGCCUGCUCACCAUCAUCAGGAAUAUCACAAGAUCCUCCUCUGUAUGUGAGAGAGGAACAUGAUGACAGUGUGGAGGCUGGUCUGAAGAAGUCAUUGUCCUCUCUGCCUCCGUCUGGUCCUCCACCUCCACCCAUCACUCUGACCAUGUACAGGCCAACACCAGCCUGUGGUACGUUCCAAUUUCCUCCUGAAGCUGCUCCGUCUGGGUCCCUGGACGCUGGUCUCCAUAGUGACAGUGCUAUUAAUUAUGUCAACAUCCCUAUUAGGACACUGCUGGCUACAACUAACAGGGAGCUACUGCAGGAGGCACACCAUGCUGUCACAGAACAGGGCUCCAUCAGGAACGGCCAACACAACUUUGCUGCCAUGGAAACGGCUCAGAGAGUGGGGGCGGAGCAAGCCCAUGACAGGGAGGACAGACUGAGUCAACUGGAGGACAGGCAGCAAGGUCACCAAACUAAAUGCAGUGUCCAGCUUGAUGACACUUUAACAAAAUAGUCUUCAUUACUGAUUCUUUGAAUAAGCUCUCAGGCUUAAAAUGCAGUUCAAACACACACACA